ACAACAGUUGCAACUAGACGUCAACGUGCGUGUGCGUGUUUAGCGUGUGAUGAAUGUGUGGACCCAGUGAAAGAUCACCCAGAGACGGACUAAGACAUCUCCCCCCACUCUUCAUCCGCACCAUGUGUGUGGCCUACAAAUACGUGCUUUUCACCCCACCGGGACCGUCUGACGGCGCCUACGGUGUGGGCAAAAUGAGGGACUAGUCGGCGGCGGCGGCGAGGCUCGUCUGUAAGCGAACGUUUCGUCGGAACCGCGAGUGGGCUUCACAGCUGCUGGCCACCAAGGAGAAGGAGGAGAAAAUGUCGGGGAAAAUCGAGAGCAAGCAAGACUCGCAGCGGUCCCAUCUCUCCUCGUUCACCAUGAAGCUGAUGGACAAGUUCCACUCUCCCAAGAUCAAAAGAACUCCAUCCAAGAAAGGCAAGCAACUGCAGCCCGAGCCAGCGGCCAAGAGCACUGAAAAGCCUGCAAACAAAAAGGUGAGUCGCCUGGAGGAGCAGGAGAAGGAGGUGGUCAGCGCCCUUCGUUACUUCAAGACCAUCGUGGACAAGAUGGUUGUGGAGAAAAAGGUGCUGGAGAUGCUGCCCGGCUCGGCCAGCAAGGUCCUGGAAGCGAUCCUGCCUAUGGUUCAGGUGGAGGCCCGGAUACAGCACAGUUCAGCGUUGUCUUCCUGCCAUAAUCGCGUCUACCAGAGUUUGGCCAACCUCAUCCGCUGGGCCGACCAGGUGAUGCUGGACGGCAUCGACUUGGAGGACAAGGAAAACGUGACGUCGGUCACCAAUGUCAUCAAAGCGGUGCUGGACGGUGUGAAGGAGCUGGUGAAGCUGACCAUUGAGAAGCAAGAGCAGCCCUCCCCCACCAGCCCGAGCAAGCCGGCAUCGCCUGUCACCACAACAGAGAGCAGUGUGCCUUCUGAGAUGCCCUCCAUAGAGCGCGAGGUGGAGGUCUUGAAGGCGGCUCCGGCCGCAGCUCCUGCCGAGGCUCCCCCGGAUGUACCCGAUGAGGAAACGGCCCCUCCGAAACCACCCCUUCCUGAAGCCAAGAUGGCAGAGCUCAGUCCUCCACCGGCCCUUCCUCCGAAGAAGCGCCAGUCUGCCCCUUCGCCAACGCGGGUGGCGGUGGUCGCCCCUAUGAGCCGAGGCUCCAGUUUGCCCUGCAGCGUCCACAGACAGCAGCAGGACUACGAGCAGGAGUUCCUGCAGAGGCGUUUCUCAGGCGGCAGCCAGUCAUACGGGGGCGACUCGCCGCGCCUGUCGCCCUGCAGUAGCAUGGGGAAACUCAGCAAGUCGGACGAGCAGCUUUCUUCCAUGGAGCAGGACAGCGGACAGUGUUCUCGAAACACCAGCUGCGAGACGCUCGACAACACCGAAAACUACGACCCCGAUUACGACUUUCUCCACCAGGACUUGUCAGUCGGGGAUAGCCUGCCUCCGAUGCCGGUGGGCGGCUGCCUCAGCCCCCUGCCCGAGUCUCACAGCGAGUCGUCCUCGCCCGUCCCCGGACAGCAUCCAUUACACCCCCGCUUCAGCGCGCCUCCUCCCCAGCAGCCCCCCGAGUACUGGACGCCGCAGCCCAGUCAGACCAAUCCCCUGGCACGCAUCAGUGCCCCUCCGGCGCUGCCCCAGAAGAAGCGACGCAGCGCCCAGCUGUCGCCCUUCCCUGACGUCGGCUCGAAGAUGUUCUACGAGCGAUACCCCUCCCAAUAUGACAACCUGUCGGAGGAGGAGCUGCACCCCACGCCGCCAUUCCCUCUUUACACGCCCAUCUCGCCCAUGCCCCAGACAAAUGGCGGGGUGUUCGUCGCACAGUACUUGGCCAGUGAGAAUGCGGACGUCCCCGCCAACCCACCACCGCUGCCAGAAAAGAAAAGCAGACACAUCCUGCAGUACAUGCAGUUUGUGGAAGACUACUCCGAGCCGCAGCCGUCCGUCUUCUACCAGAUGCCGCAGAGUGAGAGCAUCUACGAGCAGCGCAACAAGCGCUUCCAGGAGGUCUACGGCUUCAACGACUCCUUCAGCAGUACCGACUCGGUCCACGAGCCCCUGCAGCCCCCAGCACUGCCCCCGAAACAACGACAACUGGCCUCCCACUCCUCCUCCCCCUCUUCCUCCUCCUCUUCCUCUCUCUCCUGCCACCUCCAGCCGUCUGUGGCGGCCAUGGAGGAGGCGGGCUCUGGGCUGGGCCUCAGCAUGUCCGCCUCUAACUCCUACCUGAUUGGCCAAGCUGCCUUGACCACGCCCACGAGCGUGGACCAGGCCGCUCCGACCAGCGCCACCAUCAUCGCGGAUGGUAGCGGGGGCGGGCCCGACGCCUCCCUGGCGGGCUCGGCCGGCUCUGUGGCGGCCGUCUGUUUUCCUUCCGAGUUGUCUCUCAUCACUGAUUCGCUUCCCACGUCAGCGAGCGAGAGUGCGAAUGACGAGGGUGGGGAGGGCGAGUACGUCAACUUGUACUCCUCCGGCCGGGCCAAUGGCGAGCUGCCUCUCUCCCUCAGAGAAACCAUCACAGCCGACGAUGUGCUGCAAGACCCCGCCCCUCAGAUGCCGUCCACCAACAGCAAAGAGGCUAUGGAAGUGGAAAGGAGGCAAAAGUCGGCAGAAUCGUCCGAGGACGGCGAGGAGAGCGUGGACGAGCUCUCUCUCAUCGACCACAAGGAGAUCAUGAGCAGGAUAACACUAAAGCAAGAAAAUGAUGAUGGCCCAGAUGUGCGUGCUGGAUCAGGAGACAUUUUAUUAGUCCACGCCACGGAAACGGACCGCAAAGAUCUGGUUUUGUACUGUGAAGCCUUUCUGACUACAUAUAGGACCUUUAUAAGCCCCGAGGACCUCAUAAAGAAGCUACACUACAGAUAUACAAGCUUUUGCCACAGCCCAGACACCUUCAAGAAGCGAGUCAGCAAGAACACCUUCUUUGUGUUGGUGCGUGUGGUGGACGAGCUCUGCCUGGUGGAGCUGACAGAGGACAUCCUGAAGCAGCUGAUGGACUUGGUCUUCACGUUAGUGUGCAACGGCGAGCUCAGCCUGGCCCGCGUCCUCCGCAAGAACAUCCUGGACAAGGUGGAGCAGAAGAAGCUGCUCCGCUACACCAACUCGCUCAAGCCGCUCGCCGCCAGGGGCGUCUCCGCCAGGCCCGGAACGCUCCAUGACUUCCGCAGCCACGAGAUCGCCGACCAGCUGACUCUUCUUGAUGCGGAGCUCUUCUACAAAAUUGAGAUUCCGGAGGUGUUGCUUUGGGCCAAAGAGCAGAAUGAGGAGAAGAGUCCAAACCUGACUCAGUUCACAGAGCACUUUAACAACAUGAGCUACUGGGUGCGCUCGUUAAUCAUUCAGCAAGAAAAAGCCCAAGACCGGGAGAAGCUGCUGCUCAAGUUCAUCAAGAUCAUGAAGCACUUGAGAAAGUUGAACAACUUCAACUCGUACUUGGCCAUUCUGUCCGCGCUUGACUCCGCCCCCAUCCGCAGGUUGGAGUGGCAGAAGCAGACCUCCGAGGGUUUGGAGGAAUAUUGCACGUUGAUCGACAGCUCGUCGUCCUUCCGAGCGUACAGGGCCGCCUUGGCUGAAGUGGAACCCCCCUGCAUCCCUUACCUGGGGCUCAUUUUGCAGGACCUGACCUUCGUUCACUUAGGGAACCCCGACCUCAUCGACGGGAAGGUCAACUUCUCCAAGCGGUGGCAACAGUUCAACAUCCUCGACAGCAUGCGGCGCUUCCAGCAAGUACAUUACGAGCUAAAGCGCAACGAGGACAUCGUCUCCUUCUUCAACGACUUCAGCGACCACCUGGCGGAGGAGGCGCUGUGGGAGCUGUCCCUGAAGAUCAAACCCCGGAACAUCGCCCGCCGCAAGACGGACCGGGAGGAGAAGACUUAGGGACCGCUGCGCCCCUCGCAGCCCCCGCUCCCGACCCUCACGGGGGCUGCAAAAGACUCAACCUCCAACUGUGCUUCAAUGACACAAUCUCCGCUUGAACACAGACCCAACGCACGACGCUAGUGGGAGACUCGUUUCGGGUGAGCGUGAGCAAGGUUUGCGAAGAGAUCGGCAGGGCUGGGAUACUAUUUUUGGGAGGACCGUGGUUCUGACGAAUCCUGGUGCCGAGGCUGACAGAGCGAACGGGAACCAGGAAGUAAGAAGUCUGCUUUUGUUUUAAGGCUAGCGCGUGACACUGAGGGGAAGGGGGGGGGGGGGGGGGGGGUCCAUUACUCUUCAAGUUUUUUAUAUUCUGUGCCAUUUAUUGGUCAUCUUCAGCCCCGCCCUCCUCCACUCAAGCACAGCAGUGCCCCCUACUGUGAACUGUUGAGGGGUGGCCCACGAGAGACUGGAAUCUGCGGGUUUGCUGGUGUAAGAAUGAUGUGUGGUUAUGAAAUGUAUUCGAUACGCUUCUCCUUUUGUUCUCAAAAAGGAUCUUUAUGCUUAUGAGAAGAACUCUGCUUCUCCCAAAAGUGCCGUACGUAUGUGCACUAAAAACAACAACAAAGGCAAAAACCCGGUAAGAUACACGACUAGAGAUGCUGUGAUCCGUGUGUGUGGUCGUCCCCCGCCAUCAAGUUCAUGUGUGAGUGAGACAAGUCCACUGCCACGUUUUGUCUUUGUCAUUCCAAAUCCUUCUGCUUCCUUUUCUUGGGGAAACCAACGCGCCACAAUAAAACCACAAACAGCUGUUUGUAUACAUUUAUUAGCGUACGGUGGUGCUAAAAACAUGGCUUUCGUUCUUCCAGGCGGACAGAGGCUUUAAGGCUUGAAAUAAUCACGGCGGUAAAAAAGGCACACUGCAUCUAUCAAGUCAGUUAUGUCUUAAUUUAAUGUCAUUUAAAUAUACUGUAGGGAUUGAUACAACAACAAAAACAUUAAAAAUAACUCCCAGUGCAAAAGCUUUUUCUAUGAUCAUUCAUAAUAAAAACGACACCACGGAUGCAUGUUGCAACCACGCCGGGAACGCUCGGCUUACGUAACUAACUUCCAGCUGUUAAAUACUUGCUGACGAGCCGAGCCACUAGUGGGGCCGACUGCUCGGCUCCAGCAGGACCCUCUUCCCCGACGGGUUGGCGGUGCCGUUCUGCAGUUCACACUGCUCCGAGAUGGCCCGCUUCAAGCUCCGCCCCUGGCUGCUCAUGGAGCCACGCUGCCACUUGCACAGGUCGCCGUUCAGAAUGUCCUGGAUGUGUUGCACGAUGAGGUUGAUGGCCACUGGGGGAGGGGGAGGGGAAGCCAACAAGGUCAGGACCGGCAACGGACGUGGACUUCAUCGGACUUACCCAUGUUGUCAACUCCUCUCGGAAUGAUGACAUCAGCAUACUUUUUAGUCUGGGCAGAAGAUAAGUGAAAGAUCAUGACCACAAUGUGACGGACACGCGCGGUGAGAGAGGGAGAGAGUGAGAUACAUCACGCUUACAGGCAAGCAGAACUCCUCAAAGGCCGGCUUGACAAACGUGGUGUACUGAGAGAGGAUCUGCUCCAGGUCUCUCCCUCGAUUCAUGUCUCGCAGGACUGCGGAGCGGGGUCACAAACAUCCAUCAGUUGCUGGCAAAGAAAACCUCGUCUUGGUCUGGGGGACACCGCCGUACCUCGGCGAGACAACCUGACGUCGGAGUCCGUGUCCACGAAGAGCUUCAUGUGGAACAUGUCGCGCACUCUCUGCGGGUAGAAGACGAGGAUGCCCUCAAAGAGGACCACGUCUGCCGGGUAAACCGUGAUCCUCUCCUCAAGCCUGGACACGCAGUUGUCAUUUCAACGUGCUGCUGAUUUAACCUCAGUCACUCUUUGUGCCCCCCCCUUUACCUGGAAUGGGUGACAAAGUCAUACGUUGGCACUUGAACCACCCUCCCCUCCACGAUGUCCUUCAGGGUUUUGUACAUUAAGUCGUUGUCGAAGGCUUCUGCGAGACGAGAGAAUCAUGCACGUUUGUUAUCAUUUUGAAAAACAGCUUUUGGUAGCUUUUAAGUUGCCUUCCGUUACCCGGGUGGUCAAAGUUGUACUGUCCCUUGAGGGCCUUGGCUUUCUGUUCUGCAGUAAGGACCCUGUAGAAGCAGUCCUGGCUGAUGAUGGCCACCUUCCUCUGCCGGUGGUCCACUUUGUUCUGGCCCAGCAGCUCCAUGAUCUUGGCGCACACUGUCGACUGUUACACAAAAAGGGUACCACAUGCUUUUCUAAAGUCAACAUUUCCAGGCCAGUUAGUUACGUAAAGGAAUUUAAUUACGUUGGCUCACUGUCGGAUUGUGUACCUAAUGAAGUGUCCGCUGUGAGUCACCUGACCCCCCGUAUCAAACUCAUGAUAGAGGCCGGUUAGCGACAUUCGUGUCUGCAAGCUAAACAACUAUUCAAUACGGGGGGAUGAUUUUAAUAACACCAACACAAAUAAUGCUGAGCAAGUUGGCAGUCAAAGUAGUUUUGACUGCUCGGUGAAAGCUAGCCGCGCUAAUGCUAACGUUACAGGAUGCUAACCAUGUCCGCGAUCAGGAGGGGAAUAUAAAACUAACUUUGCCACUGGCGGUUCCUCCGCUGACCCCGAUGAAGAACGGUCGAUGAUGCGGCCUCUCCGCUUCCUCUCCGGCUGCGAGGGCCUCCAUCGUGGAUGGAGGACACGGACAAACAGUGAAGACGACUUGCUUGCCUGCUAGCUUCCAGGCUAAAGUUUAGCACACACGACGAGCCGUGCUCUCGCGAGAACUGUCGCGAUGUGACGCUCACGUGCCAACACGUAACACCAAAUUGUAAAAUAUUUGCCAUGUUUCCAAAUCUUCUCAUCUUUUAGUUUGUGCUUCAAAAUGUAUGACAAUAAACAUUAAACUAAUACGUUGAUACAGUAUACUCACUGGCCACUACAUUAGGUACACCUGCC